AGUGAACCAGUGCAUUUUCGAAUGUAAAGUUUACACUUGUAAACGUUUUUGAAACGAAAAUUAAUAAAAAACUGCAUGUCUUGACGAAACAAUAUUUAAAAAUAAAGUGAAAAUGGCCGGAAAACCGACCAAUACGGUGUUAAGCGUCAGUGAAAUCAAAACAGACCGAAUCACAGAAUUGGCAGAAAAGUAUUGGGCUCCAAACACAAAACAAAGUCAUUUAAAAUUUGAUGGCGAUAUCAUAGAAAAACUGUAUUUAGAAGAGAUACGAGGCACAAAUUUUAGCAUAAGGAGAAUAAUGAUAUUGGAGUUCGGUCAAUAUUUAGAAAACUAUUUAUGGCCAAACUACAAUCAAGAAUCUUCCUAUUCACAUUUAUUAUCAAUUGUAACAAUGAUUAAUGAAAAAUUCAGGGAACGAGUGGAAGUUUGGAACUGUUUUCGAAAAUUUCCCGAUAAUUUUCCAUACUUUUUUCAACAUGUAAUGAAAGCUUGCUUAGAAGAUGAUCUAAUUGUUAACACUACUGAAAAAACUGCACUUCUAGUUUUUCUGAACCAUUGUUUUAAUUCAAUGGAAGAAACAUUGAUUAGAGACCAAGUCAAGAGAUUGGUUAGUUUAUCUAUGUGGUGUUCAUUGCAAGAAAAUAGGAGAGAAAUGGAAUUUAAAAGGUGUCCCAAGUGGAGGAAGUAUUGGAAAUUGAUACAGAAGAAGGAUAAAAAGGAAAAUAAAGAAGGAUUGUUGUGGGAAAGGACAUUUUUGCAUAAGUUGAUGUUGGAGUUUCUUCGUGUUCUUGAUUCAAUUGAGGAAACUGGAAUUUGUCCAAAGGAUAAAGUGAAUUACUGUGAACGUUUUUUGGAAUUAUUAACAGACUUGGAGGCUUUACUGCCAACAAGGAGGUUUUUCAAUACAGUUUUGGAUGAUUGCCAUUUAGUUGUUCGUUGCCAAUUAUCUGGUUUAAUAAAGAGAAAAGAGGGACAUUUAUUUAGUCAGUUGUUGGAUAUGUUAAAGUUCUACACUCGUUUCGAAAUCAGCGAUGAAUCCGGCGAUCCUUUAACAGAUCACGACAUGACGCAGAUUCAUUACUCCAAAAUCACUUCACUUCAGAAAGCAGUUUUUGCCAAAUUUCCCGACUUAAGAAGCUUUGCCUUGGCGAAUGUUGCUAGCGUUGACAACCGAACUAGUUUAAAGAAACACUUUGGAGCCUUAGGUCAGGAUAAGUUACGCCAGAUUGCCGAAUAUCUAAACUUAGUACCUACCGAAAACUUACAAGAUAAAUAUAAAUGGAUUAGACUUGAUGAGGAAUUUUUACGCGAACUUUUGAUUUUCCGUCAUGAAAAACGUUCGUCACAACUUGAAACAUUAAAUGAAAUGCCUUUAUAUCCAACUGAAGAUAUAAUUUGGGAUGAAAACGUGGUUCCCACCGCUUAUUUUAGUGGUGAAGGUUGUUUGGCACUUCCCAAACUCAAUUUACAGUUUUUGACUUUGCAUGAUUAUCUAUUGAGGAAUUUUAAUCUAUUCAGGCUUGAAUCGACUUACGAAAUACGUCAGGAUAUUGAAGACGCAGUCAGUAGACUUUGCCCAUGGAAAUCCGAAGACGGAUCGGUGUAUUUUGGCGGCUGGGCCCGAAUGGCUCAACCAAUCACUGCCUUCGCCGUCGUAGAAGUUGCUAAACCCAACAUCGGAGAAAAUAGACCGAGUCGUGUUCGUGCCGAUGUUACGGUCAAUUUGAAUGUACGACCGGAAAUCAAGAGCGAAUGGGAAAAUCUCAGGAAACACGACGUCUGUUUUUUGAUCACAGUCCAACCACCAAAUCCAAUUGGUACAAAAUACGACUACAAACUUCCUUUUGUUCCGCAAGUUGGACUGAAAACCAUCAGGGGUUGUGAAAUCGAAGGCAUGUUAGAUGCGAACGGUAGGGUCAUCGAAGAUGGUCCAGAACCGCGCCCUAAUUUACCAGGAGAUCAACGCACAUUCCGGGUGUGGUUAGAUUGCAAUCAAUAUACUAUCGAUAUGAACGAAACGAAUAAAGGAAAGGAAGAUAUUUAUGAAGGAUUCAACAUUUUAAUGCGUCGUAAACCUAAGGAGAACAACUUUAAAGCGGUUUUGGAGACUAUCCGAGAACUGAUGAAUACUGAAUGUGUCGUUCCCAGUUGGUUGCAUGAUAUUGUUUUGGGAUAUGGUGAUCCGGCGGCUGCGCAUUAUUCCCAAUUAAAUGAACCAAUUUCUACUAUGGAUUUCAAUGAUACAUUUAUCGAUUUACCACAUUUAAGGGAGUGUUUUCCGGAUUACGAAAUCAAACUGAAAAACGUUGAUGACCCCAAAAAAAUAGUUCGUCCGUUUAAAUUGACAUUCCACGAUUUAAUUAAAGGACAAAGCGAUAAAAUCUUGGAGGUUGAACCGCAUGUGGUUCCAAGAAGGGGACCGUAUUGUUUCAACGAACCAAAACGCAACUCUAUCCAUUUUACGGCCACCCAAGUUGAAGCCAUCAAAUCUGGAAUGCAACCUGGUUUAACACUGGUAGUGGGACCGCCAGGAACUGGAAAAACAGAUGUGGCCGUCCAAAUAAUCAGCAACAUUUACCACAACUUCCCCAAUCAACGCACAUUAAUAGUCACGCAUUCGAAUCAGGCCCUGAAUCAAUUAUUCGACAAAAUUGUAACUUUGGAUAUAGAUGAAAGACAUUUGUUACGUCUGGGACACGGUGAAGAGAACCUGGAGACUGAAAAAGAUUUUAGUAGAUACGGAAGAGUCAAUUAUGUUUUGGCGAAAAGAUUAGAUUUGUUGCAACAAGUGCAAAAGUUGCAAGAAUCAUUGAAAGUAGCUGGAGACGUUGCUUAUACUUGCGAAACCGCCGGACACUUCUACUUGUAUCAAAUUUUGUCGCGUUGGGAACAUUUCCAAAGCGUCAUUAAAUCAAAACCCAACAAUGUCAAAAUUAUAAACGAGGAAUUCCCAUUUCACGAAUUCUUUAAUGAUGCCCCUCAACCUCUGUUUAAACAAGAAAAUUAUGAAGAGGAUUUGGAAGUUGCUGAAAGUUGUUUCAGAUACAUCAAACACAUUUUCCAAGAGUUGGAAGAGUUUAGGGCCUUUGAAUUGUUGAGGUCUGGAUUAGAUAGAUCCAAGUAUUUGUUAGUAAAGGAAGCCAAGAUUAUAGCCAUGACUUGUACUCAUGCUGCACUGAAGAGAAAGGAAUUAGUUGAGAUUGGUUUCAAAUAUGAUAACAUUCUAAUGGAAGAAUCCGCCCAAAUCUUGGAAAUUGAAACCUUUAUUCCGUUGCUUCUGCAAAACCCUCAAGACGGUUUUAACCGUCUUAAACGUUGGAUCAUGAUCGGAGACCAUCAUCAGUUGCCGCCUGUAAUAAAGAACAUGGCUUUCCAAAAAUAUUCCAACAUGGAACAAAGUUUAUUUACGAGAUUGGUUCGUUUGGGUGUUCCCACUGUUGAUUUAGAUGGACAAGGACGUGCACGUCCCAGCAUUUGCAAUUUGUACAAAUGGAGGUACAAAUCGUUGGGCAAUUUAAAGCAUGUGGAAUCUUGGCAGGAAUACAAGAAAGCAAAUGCGGGAUUUGCCUUUGAUUUUCAACUGAUCGACGUUCAAGAUUUCAAUGGAGUUGGUGAAUCAGAACCUAGUCCAUAUUUUUAUCAGAAUUUAGCUGAAGCAGAAUAUGUUGUUGCAGUAUUCAUGUUUAUGAGAUUAAUUGGUUAUCCAGCUCAUAAAAUCACAAUUUUAACAACGUAUAACGGACAAAAACAUUUAAUCAGAGAUGUAAUCAACACCAGAUGUGCCAACAACCCUCUUAUUGGCAAGCCACAUAAAAUAACAACGGUCGACAAAUAUCAAGGCCAACAAAAUGACUACAUAUUAUUGUCGUUAGUUCGAACAAAAGCAGUAGGACAUUUAAGGGAUGUCAGAAGAUUAGUUGUAGCAAUGUCGCGUUCACGUUUAGGACUGUACGUUUUUGCUCGUGUUUCUUUGUUUGAGAACUGUUUUGAGUUAACCCCAGCUUUUCAACAAUUGACUAAACGACCAGUUAAAUUACACCUUGUUUUAAAUGAAUUAUUCCCUACUGAGAGAAAUAAUUUUAAUAAGGAAACUGGAACGGAGAACAAUUUAGUUAUUGAAGAUAUGACACAAAUGGCGAAUUUCGUUUAUUCCUUUUACAUUGAAAGGAGGAAACAACUGGAAAAAUACUAUGAAUGUACACGUUGGGAAAAACCUGGAGGUAUUGAAAUUAAAACCAAAGAAACAUUUGACUCCAAAUAUGAAGGUGAAGAUCGUGAAGAUAGUGAAGAUGAGGAAGAAAAAGGAGGAAAGAUGAUUCCUCAACCUAUACAAGAUGAACCAAUUGAAGACCGAGAAACAAUGGAAGUUCAAGAACAGGAAGAUAACCAGGACGAAAGUCGGGAUGAGAGUCAGGAAAAUCGGGAUGAAAGUCAGGAAAAUCGAGAACGAAUGGAAGUUACAGAUACCGGAGAGGCUGAAAACGAUGAAUAAUUAAGAUUAUUUUCGAUUUAGUUAAUAAAAGUUUCUUUUUUA